UUGUCAAACUUAAAGAUAAGAACAUUAUCUAUGUUCUCUCGUCGUUUUUUACGGUAUUUUAAUUUUUAAAUGAAUCGGUUUGAUUUACGCUGUGAGUGUCUGAUUGUAAUUUUAAUUUUUCUAGCUACAUUAUCAGAUAUCCACCGAGAGUGACAUUCCAUGUUCAGUUUAUUUUAGCCAUCGAGAUCAUGGAUGAUCAAAAAGAAUUUGUAAAUGUUAAUCUGAACUCGAACGAGUUCAUAAUAUCGUCUCAGUCGAUUGACCACCCCAACAAUUCGAACUUUAAGAACACUGAAGGACUGUCGAUAACUUACGGUAUUGACGAUAAUCCACCAUGGUAUUUAUGCAUCUUCAUGGCUCUGCAACAUUACCUUACGAUGAUUGGUGCUAUUGUUUCGAUCCCAUUUAUCCUAACACCAGCACUAUGCAUGAAAGAAGAUGAUCCUGCUCGAGGCCAUAUUAUAUCAACUAUGAUAUUCGUAACAGCUAUAGUAACGUUUCUACAAGUUACAUUUGGUUGCAGACUUCCAAUCGUACAAGGAGGAACAAUUUCAUUUCUUGUACCCACGUUAGCAAUUUUGAAACUGCCGCAAUGGAGAUGUCCAUCAAUGGGAAGCAUUAUUGAAAUGACUUCUUAUGAUCAAGAAGAACUUUGGAAAGUUCGUAUGAGAGAGCUUUCAGGCGCAAUAGCUGUAUCGGCUAUGUUUCAGGUUUUACUUGGAUAUUCCGGUCUUAUCGGAAAACUGGUUAAGUACGUGACACCACUGACGAUCGUUCCGACUGUGUCGCUGGUGGGCCUAUCACUGUUCGAGAAUGCUGCCGAAUCGGCUUCCAAGCACUGGGGCAUAUCUAUGGGAACGAUCAUACUAUUGACGUUAUUUUCACAAUUCCUGACGAAUGUCAAGUUGCCGGUCCCGACGUACAACAAAACUAACGGAUUUUCAACUACUAAAUUUAAUGUAUUCCAGUUGUUUCCGGUAUUGCUAACUAUAACAAUUAUGUGGAUUCUGUGCGCAUUGUUAACCAUAUAUGAUUACUUUCCAACCGGACAUCCGGCCAGAACCGAUGUCAAGAUCCGGAUUAUAGGUGAUUCGUCAUGGUUCCGAGUGCCGUACCCUGGUCAAUGGGGUUGGCCAACCGUUAGCGUAGCCGGUGUCAUAGGUAUGUUAGCUGGUGUACUGGCGUGUACUGUUGAGUCCAUAAGCUACUAUCCGACAACAGCCAAAAUGUGUGGAGCUCCUCCACCACCAGUACACGCUAUUAACAGAGGAAUUGGAUUCGAGGGACUUGGAACGGUAUUCGCUGGACUCAUGGGAAGUGGAAAUGGUACCAACACGUUCGGGGAAAAUGUUGGCGCGAUAGGUGUUACAAAGAUUGGCAGCAGGCGUGUAAUACAGUACGCCAGUGCAUUGAUGUUAAUUCAAGGCGUUGUCAAUAAAUUUGGAGCAGUUUUUAUAAUCAUUCCCGAGCCUAUUGUUGGAGGCAUGUUUUGCAUUAUGUUCGGAAUGAUAAGUGCAUUUGGCUUAUCAGCUCUACAAUACGUUCAGUUGAAUUCGUCGAGGAAUUUGUACAUCAUUGGAUUUUCAAUGUUCUUUUCACUGGUUUUACCAAAAUGGAUCAUCGCUCAUCCGAAUGCAAUUCAAACCGGAAAUGAAAUAUUAGACAGUGUGUUGACUGUCAUUUGCAGUACUAGUAUAUUGGUCGGUGGUUUGAUCGGCUGCUUCUUGGAUAAUACCAUACCAGGCACUCCAGAAGAAAGGGGUCUCAUAGCUUGGGCCAAUGAAAUGAAUCUGUCAAGUGAACCAACAACAGAUGAAGAAACGAGUACUUAUGAUUUCCCAGUUGGCAUGAAAGCGUUAAGAAAAAUGAAAUGGACGUACUCAGUUCCAUUUUUACCAACCUACAGACCAAAGAAAAAUUAGAAUUUUCAUUAUGUGUAUUUUAUUAAUAUGAUUUAUAGUAAAAUUAUAAAAUAAUGUUUAUUGAAUUGUAUGUAUACUUUGGUCUUCUUAUUUGUACUAUAAUUUGUAUACCU